AUGGAAGAAUAUAAACCUCCAACUCUCCCUUCUCCCUUCAACAGUACUACUCCACCACCGAUCCUCCUCACACAAGGCGCCGAGGCCCACCUCUACAAAACAACCUCCCUCAACCCCUCCAUCCCCGCCGCGCUCAAGAUCCGCCCAUCAAAACCCUACCGCCACCCAAUCCUCGACCGCCGACUUACCCGUCAACGGAUAAUCUCAGAAGCCCGAUGCAUUGCGAAACUUGUACGGGAAGGCGUGAGCGUUCCAGCCCUUCUAGCCCUGGAUUGGGAGGGACACGGCGGCGAAGAAGGUGGGUGGGGUGGAGCCUGGUUAAUGAUGGAGUGGAUUGAGGGACCGGUAGUGCGGGUAGUUCUUGAGCAGUGGGAAGCAUGGCUGAAGCAGAACGCGGGAUCGCUGGAUUCGUCACAGAUUGAAAAAGAAGAGGCACGUGUGCGCGACUUGUUGAGGAAAAUGGGCGCUGCGAUCGGUGUUCUGCACAAGGCUGGUGUCGUGCACGGAGACUUGACAACGAGUAACCUCAUGCUGCGACCGUUUGCGGGUGCAAGUGAUGCUGUCGAUGGAACUGGCUCGCCCUCUAUGGAGGGGGAUGUCGUGUUGAUUGAUUUUGGCCUUGCGUCGCAGAGCAAUCAGGAUGAGGACCGGGCGGUGGAUUUGUAUGUGUUGGAGCGGGCGAUUGGGAGCACGCAUCCGCGCUCAGAGCCUUUGUUCGAGGCAUUGAUUCUGGGUUACAGGGAUAGCUAUAAGGGGGCUAUAUCUGCGCUAAAGAGGCUCGAAGAUGUGCGCAUGAGAGGGCGAAAGAGGAGCAUGCUUGGUUAA